AUGCAGAAAGUGAAGAUUCAGAACGCAAUCCUCCCAGGCAGAGAUCCCCGGUCUCGGUGGGAUGUAGACUUUGAAAUGAACACCAUCAAAUGUAUACAACCGGCAACGGCUGCAAUGCAAGGUUCAACUUCAGAUCCCUCACCGCUACUCCUGCCACCGCUGUGCCAUCCACAUAUCCACUUGGACAAGGCAUAUCUGUUGACAUGCAACUCCCAACACCAUCCGUCACAGGCCCUAUCAGACACGGACGGGACAAACCACCCGGAGUAUACCGACCUCACUCCUCAGGAUGGUUCUUUCGGUGAAGCCCUCCAAUUCACCUCUCUGGCCAAACGACGCUAUACAUCCGAAGAUCUCUAUCUUCGCGGCGCCCAGCUCCUGGCCACAUCUCUUGCCCAAGGCGUGACCUCGUGCCGUGCCUUUGUCGAACUUGAUCAUGUUACCAGCCACUCAUGCAUUGAAGCAGGGCUGCGGCUUAAGGACUGUUUCCAGGGAAAAAUGAAGUUGCAACUCUGCGCCUUCGCUCAGGAUCCAAUCUUCAGUACCGACCACGCCGAAAAGAAUCGACAAGUCCUGCUUCGGGCGCUGGAGGAAUGUGCUGACGAUAUCGAGGUUCUUGGUACUACCCCGUACGUCGAGAAGUCAGCUGGGGCGAGUCUACAGAACAUCGAGUGGGCGAUUGAGACGGCCAUCAACCAUUCCCUGCAUCUGGAUUUUCAUCUCGACUAUAACCUGGACGAGACAAAAAAGGCCGCUAUCUGGGACGUGAUUCGCCUCUUGAAGGAAUUAAACUGGAAUAAGCGGGCGAAACCUGGAAAAACAAUUGUUCUAGGCCAUUGCACACGGUUGACACUCUGCAGCGACGCUGAGAUGGAAGAGCUGGGGAAGGAGAUUACUGAAUCCAAGCUUUCUAUCCACUUCGUGGGGCUUCCGACAAGUGAUCUAUUUAUGAUGGGCCGCCCUUCCGCAGCUUCUUCGGCUCAGCGGUCAAAGUCUGCAGACCGUCCGCGAGGGACACUGCAGGUCCUAGACAUGAUCAAAAGGUUUGGCAUAAACAGUUGUCUCUCUGUUAAUAAUGUCGGCAACGCAUUUACCCCUUGGGGGACGGGAGAUCCAUUGGCUCUCGCAUCUUUAGGUGUUGGCAUCUAUCAGGCCGGCACGGACGACGAUGCGAACAUGUUGUUCGAAUGCGUAAGUUCAAGGGCUAGAAAGGCAAUCGGUCUUGACACAGCGAGCGCACUCGACAACGACCCGAGCGUCUCUGGGCAGGACCAGCAGGAUAGUCAUGAUUCGACCGAGCUCAAAGAAGGCCGGAGAGGCGAACUCCUACUGAUCAAGAACAAAGAGUAUGUCUCCUGUCCGGGGCAUUUGGGCGUCAAGAUUUCCGCUCGCCAGCAAGUCAGCGUGAGAGAUGUUGUGUGGGACCCGCCACAAGUCAAUCUUCGCCAAGUUCUGAGAUGCCGAUAA